AUGGAGAAUGGUAGAAAAUUGGUGGCGGUGGUGACGACGAUGGUGAUACUGGUGGUUCUUGAUGGAGCAAAGGCGGCGAGCUUUUGUAAUAUGACGGAGGACGGUUUAGAAGCAUGCCGGCCUUCAGUUACGCAACCGAACCCUGUGGAGCCGUCGUCUGAAUGUUGUGGUGCUCUCUCAAAUGCAGACUUGAAAUGCUUGUGUUCUUAUAGGAACUCAAUUGUUUUGCCUGCUCUUGGGAUUGAUCCUGAUCUUGCAUUGGGACUCCCUGUCAAGUGCAAUCUCACCACUCCUGCUGAAUGCUAA